AACACUCAUAAAUAAAUCAAUCAACUUAAAUUCUUUUAUACACCGUCUUCCGUACAAGCGAGUGCAAAUUUCAAAGAGGAGUGAGAAAAGAAAAGCACAUCAUCAGCGCUGACAUCAGCAGCUUCCAACUCAUCAAUGCCACUAGCAGUGAGGACUCAAAGCAAAGCAACAACAGUCGUCUGCUAGCAAUUGGCAUAAAUUACUUAAGCAAAUAAAAUGUGUUGUGUGUAGCAAAGCAAUAACCGAAACGGCGACGUCGUUAAAACGCGGAACAUUGGCUGGUGCACAUUUGAAUUGCUUGGCAAAGUAAAAAGACAACACUUGAAAUUAAAUGCAUACAGCUCUUGAGCGUCACAGCAGCGGCAGCAGGCAGUCAACAGCCGUGCGCCAACGGCAAAUAGCAAAAAGUGAAGGAGUAAAGAAGAACAGCAGGCAACAGCAAUAGUGAAAUGUCAAGUGUUGGCAACACGGCUAAUUCGUGGUGGUGUCAUUAGAAAUAUAUAUAACACUUUAGAAAAAGAAAAAAAACGCAUUUAAAAGUAAAAGUAACUAAAAUAGCAGUAAACAACAAAAACAACCACUUGCAUGCACAGAUAUCGAAUAAACACAAAUCAAAUCGAAUUAGCAUUGUAACGCGCUCUCUAGGUAGCCAAACAAGUGGAAUUCUCGUCGCGCGUGCUCAAAAACCAGAAGAAAAACGCGCUUUGACGCCAACGUUGCGCUGCUCUCUAUCUUCUUAGCCACUAUUGAAAUUGUAUUGACGCUCUGUGCCUCCAGUUGGCUCUCUAUUUUCGGUGGUUUCGCACUUUUUGUUUUUCAUAUUUUGUUGUAUUAAUUUUUCUUUAUUUUUUUGUUUGUUUGCGUUUCGUGCGUUCUUUUUUGAAUGCUCAACCACACUGCCAUGGUGGCCGAUAGUGAAUUACAGUUACGCGAUUUCGAUGGCGAAACCGAAGACUCUGACUCUGAGACUGAAUUACUCAUACGCCACAGUGGACGCGGCCAACAAGCGAAACGCGGGAGCAUUGCCACCUCGCGCUACUAUCUCCAUGAUUACUCAACAUCUCAGCCGACGUCAGCGGCGACAUCAUCGUCUACCAGCAGCAAAACGACGACGGGCUUCCUCAGCCAUUUGUUUGGCAACACAACGAACAGUCUUGGCCGCGCUGCCGGGCAAGUACGUCUCAGAAAUGAACGUAGUCGCGAGCGCGAUAAAUACGCAAGAACGAAACAGCAACAACAACAGCAAGCAAGAACAACGGGACAUAGUUUUGGCGGUUUCGAUACGGGAUUGGGUACGUCUGCGAAACUGGCGAAAUUGGCGCAGACAACGCAAACGUCGUAUCGCGGUAGCGGCGGUGCGACAAGUGGGGUGGACGGUGUGUCCGGACACGGUGUCACAGAGUCUGUAGCACUUGGUGUGCGUAGCCAAAGUGGUGGUGGUGGUACUCAUAAACGUUUUGAGGCGACAGGCGCCACUGUCGCUGCAAGUGAAAGUGCUAGCGGGGGUGGCGGUAUUGGUGGUGGGGCGGGUGUUGUGCUACAGCAAACAGUAUUGGAUGCUGAAAACGGUUCUACAACCGUCUAUUACCAGAAGAAUCGACGACGCAGUAAACGCAGAUCUUUGGCGAAUCUCUGCAAAAUGUGCCUGUGCGGCUGCUGGCGUAAAUGGUUUUCGCCACGCGAGUUGCGCGCGCGCACCGUCCAUUUGGGCCGUGCGACUACAGAAAAAUUCCCACCGAACGAGAUACGCAAUCAAAAAUACAAUGUGAUCACGUUCCUGCCGCUCGUGCUCUUCGAGCAGUUCCGUUUCUUUUUAAAUCUCUAUUUUCUGUUGAUGGCAUUGUCACAAUUCAUACCCGACAUACGCAUUGGCUAUCCAUACACCUAUUGGGGUCCACUCAGUUUCGUGCUAAUGGUCACGAUCGGUCGUGAAGCGGUCGACGAUUUGCGGCGACAUCAACGUGAUCACGAGGUGAAUUCACAGAAAUACAAGAGGCUAACGGUAAACGAGACGCCAGGGUACGAGAUGGUGCCCUCUUCGAAGCUGAAAGUAGGCGAUAUGAUAAUUGUGGAGAAAAACGAGCGGGUGCCUGCCGAUUUAGUGUUGUUGCGCACCAGUGAUAAAAGUGGUUCUGUCUUUGUGCGCACCGAUCAACUGGAUGGUGAAACUGAUUGGAAACUACGCUUGGCAGUGCCGCUCACUCAGAAGCUGAACAAGGACUCGGAUUUGUUUCAUAUUGACGCGAGCGUUUACAUUGAGAAGCCACAAAACGAUAUACACUCAUUCAUAGGCACCUUCUCGAUGCAGGAUGGCGGUGAGGAAACUGGCCUCAAUGUCGAGAAUACGCUCUGGGCAAACACAGUUGUUGCUGCAGGCACAGCUACUGGCAUUGUGAUCUAUACUGGCUGUGAAACGCGUAGCGUAAUGAAUAACUCGCAGCCGCGUUCAAAAGUUGGACUGCUCGAUAUGGAGAUUAAUGGUCUAACGAAGGUGCUCUUCUGUGCCGUGCUCGGCCUCUCGCUCGUCAUGAUGAUGCUCAAAGGUUUCAGUGGCCCCUGGUAUCGUUAUAUGUUCCGCUUUGUGUUACUCUUCUCUUAUAUUAUACCCAUAAGUUUGCGUGUCAAUUUGGACAUGGGCAAAGCCUUCUAUUCGUGGCAAAUGCAAAAUGAUCCUGAAAUCCAAGGCACUGUGGUGCGUUCGACAACCAUACCCGAGGAGCUGGGACGUAUAUCGUAUGUGUUGACGGACAAGACCGGCACGCUGACACAAAAUGAAAUGGUCUUCAAGAAGAUACAUUUAGGCAUAGUUUCACAUGACAAUGAUACAUUUCAUCACAUCGGUCAGAUAAUACAAACGCUAGCGCCCACAAUACUGGCACAAAGUGCACCAGGUGGUAGUGGUGGCGGUGUGGGUGCUAGUGGCGGAGCCGGUGAACAGCAGCAGCCAACUCUAAUUAUUUCAACCAAACCGAUGUAUUCGGGUAAUCGUAUGCGUCAUCCGGAGGGCUGGCGUGAGUGGGAGGCGGUAAAAGCGUUGGCGCUUUGCCACAAUGUCACACCGAUCACCGAUGAGGAUGAUAACAAAUCGGUGUCCACAUCAUCGACUUACACAUCGUCAGCAGGUGGUUCCACUUCGCCUACAAAAUCUGUGAUAAAUGUCGAAUCGAGCUCCACGGAGCACCAGUAUCAGGCCUCGUCACCAGAUGAGAUUGCGCUGGUUAAGUGGACCGCAGAGGUUGGCUUGACGUUGAUUGCACGCGACAUUAACUCCAUGACUUUGCAAAUGAAAACUCGGAAAACUAAGGGUGAAUCUCAAGAUGGUCUACUGCAAUUCCAAAUUCUCCAGCUCUUCCCCUUCACCAGCGAGAGCAAACGCAUGGGCAUCAUUGUGCGCGAUUCAGGCUCAGGCGAAAUCACCUUCUAUCUCAAGGGCGCCGAUGUCGUCAUGUCCUCCAUUGUGCAGUACAACGACUGGCUGAGCGAAGAGUCGGGCAAUAUGGCGCGUGAAGGCCUGCGCACCUUGGUUGUGGCCAAGAAAGUGCUCUCGGAGGAGCAGUACAAUGAUUUUGAAACACGUAUUAGUGCGGCACGUCUCAGCGUCUCUGACCGCGUAGCCAAAGUGGCUGCUGUGAUUGAGUCGUUGGAGCGCGAAAUGGAGCUACUUUGCUUGACAGGUGUUGAGGACCGCCUGCAGGAAGGCGUGCGUCCCACACUCGAGUUGCUGCGCAAUGCCGGCGUGCGUGUAUGGAUGUUGACGGGUGACAAGCUCGAAACCGCUUGCUGUAUCGCGAAGUCAUCGCAGCUAAUUGGCCGCAAUCAGGGCCUGCAUGUGCUGCGCUCGGUGACGACACGCACAGAAGCACAUGUCGAGUUGAAUAACUUCCGUCGCAAACAAGGGCACGCAUUGGUUAUUUCGGGUGAAUCGCUCGAGGUUUGUCUACAAUACUAUAGACCAGAAUUUCUUGAGCUCGCCACCGCCAGUCCGGCGGUCGUAUGCUGCCGCUGCAGUCCCACACAGAAAGCACAAGUCGUACAGCUCAUUCAGCAUCAUACGGGCAAACGCACCUGUGCGGUGGGCGAUGGUGGUAACGACGUCAGCAUGAUACAACAGGCCGAUGCUGGUGUGGGUAUUGAGGGGCGUGAGGGACGACAAGCUUCGCUCGCCGGUGAUUUUAGCAUACCACAAUUCUCACAUAUUGCCAAACUGUUGUUGGUGCACGGACGGCGCUCGUACAAACGUUCAGCAGCGCUUUCACAAUUCGUCAUACAUCGCGGUCUGAUUAUAACAACGCUACAAGCGGUCUUCUCCGCUGUAUUCUAUCUCAGCUCGGUGGCGCUGUAUCAGGGUUUCCUCAUGGUUGGCUACUCGACGCUGUACACAAUGUUUCCCGUAUUCUCUUUGGUGCUAGACCAAGAUAUCACAUCGACUACUGCGGUCACCUAUCCGGAGUUGUACAAGGACCUGUCGAAGGGACGCAGUUUGAGCUACAAGACAUUUUUCAUCUGGGUGCUAAUUAGUAUAUAUCAGGGCGGUGUAAUAAUGUAUGGCGCGCUUAUACUGUUCGAGGAUGAAUUCAUACAUAUUGUGGCGAUUAGCUUCUCAGCGCUCAUUAUGACCGAACUGAUAAUGGUGGCGUUGACGGUGCGCACUUGGCAUCGUCUCAUGGUAUUAGCUGAGCUCUUCAGCUUGGCGCUCUACUUGAUUUCGUUGGCUGUGCUGCAUGAGUACUUCGAUUGGGAGUUUAUCUGGUCGUAUGAUUUCCUCUGGAAGGUCUCCAUCAUUACGCUUGUUUCCUGCUUACCGUUAUAUAUUAUAAAAUUCUUGCGCAAGAAGUGCUCACCGCCAUCAUAUUUAAAGUUAUCGUAAACAGACGCGAAGAAAAAACAGAUGAUUCGUUUUUACGCACUCAAUAUUCGUUAAAAUUUUCUUCUUCUUCGUUUUUUUUUGUAAUAUACCACUAAGCAAUUUUAGCUUUAAGUUGACCCAUGUUGUUGUUAAGAUCAUUUAAUUUGCCUUUUAAGUUUUAUAGAUAUUUUAUACAAAAACAAAAAAAGAAAAA